GCAGUGGGAGAGCGGUAAACGAGCAGUGAACGAUGGAGUGAGCCAUGUGAAACACAAUUUACCGGACUACAACUUAAAGUCAGAUAUAUUUUGGCAGCUAAAUAGAAAAGCAGAUUAGUAUAGGUAUAACUAGUUCAACACAGCUUUGUUUCUAGUUUUAUUGGCGCAAGGCAGCCUGUGUUAUCACGAGUAUCCCCGUGUGCAGGUAUCUAAAAGUUUGUUUUUCACUCCACUAUCUUCUGACUGGCAUCCUCGACUAUGUGCGCCCUGCUAAUAUUUCCAAGAAGACACAAAUAAUUGAUGACAAGCAGAAUAAAAUGGCUUUCGCAAACCUGUUCACAAGACUAUCUGCUGUUGAAGAAGGCGUGAAGAGCCCAGGUCAACCAGCCUCCACACACAGGGACGAGACUGAAGAUGAUAAAAGAGACAAAGCCAGAAAGAGGAAAGCCCAGGCUGAGCACACUGGCCCUUAUAAAAAGAAACAACAUUACCAAGCGCAGACCAGCAGAAUUUAUAAUGCUGCACCCUUCAAAGACGAUGACUCCAAGGCUGAACAUUACCAUAGGCGUGACACCGAAAGUGAACAUGCAAGAUUUGGCUUCACCAAAGAAGUGAUGCAUAACCAUAGUGAUAAAGCCGGAUACAAUAACAUGUGUCACAAAGGGCAGAAUUACAAAACUAGAAACAACCAUAAUGUGAACAAACGACAGAAAAAGAAUCCAAAGGGGCAGAAAAAUCAGCAUCAACAGAACGACCGAUGGGGACCUGCCGGUAGAGGUGGAGGCCACCAUAAUACACCGACUUGGAGAAAAGACCACCAACAUAAACAUGACAAGCAGAAUGUCCAAGUGAAGCGUACAAGGGUGAUGACACAGGAGUUCAAGGACCAGAACGCUGUGUUAGUGGAUGGGCGGUAUGUUUGCCGACAUUUCCUUUGGGGAAAGUGCAACAAGAAUGAAGAAUGCCAACUGGAACAUAUUCAGGGUUACAACGAUCUUGUCAAAGAAGUGUGCAAAUUUUACGUCCAAGGAUUUUGCACAAAAGGGGAAAGUUGUCCAUACAUGCAUAAGUCAUUUCCUUGCAAGUUCUUCCACAGGAAAGGAAAAUGUUCUCAAGGAGCAGAUUGCAGAUUUUCACAUGAGCCACUGAAUGAUGACACUAACCAACUGUUGAAUGAGGCAUUAAAACGGGAUAAAGACCUCUAUGAACUUACAAAAAAGGCUGAACAGGAAAUGUUGGGACAGCCAGAGAAAACGGAUGAGUCCGAAAUAAUAGAAGCAAAUGGGACUCCUGAUACACUCCUGCAACCACUCAGGCCUAACUUUUACAACAGCACAGAGACAAAUGCUGAGAAGGAAACCUCAUGUCAGACUGAAGAACCAACUGAUGUCAUGGAGGAAGCUGAACCACAACAUGCAUCAGAUGCUUCCCAACAUCACACGGCCCUGACAAGUACCCUCAACCACGCAGAGCCAGUUUGUUAUUCAGUGGCAGCAGUGCUCGGACCUCAACUAUCCAAACCUUUCUUUCGUUUCUUUACAACUCCGGAAAGUGAAGAAUCUGGCUCUCUCUCUUCUUCUGAUUGUACUUCAGGCUCUGCAAACCAAAGCAAAGUUCCCUACUCUGUAGAUGCUGUUCUAGGGUCUUGGAAAUCGGUGGAAAAUGCCACAUUUUGCCACACAACUACCCUGCCUACCACACAAAGUGCAUCCUAUACCCCAAAAAGUGACUUUAAAGAGAUUACAGAUCCUCUACUAAACUCUGAAACCCACAAUGAGAAGGUCUUGCAUUCGGUAAAGACAAGAAGUGAAGUGAACAAAUCUCAGCAAAAAAUGUUCAAGAGCUUGUCAUCGCCCCAAGUGGAAACCAGCCUAGUUUCAAAGAUCUGCCCUAGUAGUCUUGUUCUGGCCUCCACAGGUUGCAGGAAACAACAUGGAAAUAUGCCAGCAUCCCUGAAAUCUGCCCAAAGAGCUGCUGAUGAAGUCAAGUUGGAUUUGUGUCAUUCUCCUGUUACUGUGGCCAGGAAGAUGGAACCCUUGAAAAAUAUCAGAGAUGUAAAAGGAAGGAUGCAUGUGCCUUCAGAUAUUACAUGCUCUGCAAAAUGUAAAAGUGAAGAUGUACUUCCUUUUGGACCCGCAAAUGACAAAAGCAUUUUUUCAAGGCCCACUAGUCAGACAAAUACUUCCAAACAUACUAUGCCGUUGGGACCACACCUAGCUGUUAGGACAUCUGACUCACAAGCCUCAAUAAUAAAGCCUUUUGGUCCCUCUUCAGGCCUCAUGGAGUCUAAAGAUAGAGCUGCUGUUCCUAUUGAACCUGCCACCAGUUCCAUGAAGAAAACUGAUUCUGCAACCGGCUGUCAUUUUGCAGCAAAACAACCCACUGAGAUCCACCUGCAGUCCAGGAAGACACAAUCUGCUCUCGAACAUGGCACUCAUCAAUAUUCUGCUGAAAUGACACCAGAGGGCAGCAUUAGAAUGGAACACGGUGGUGAUUUGGCAGUUGGAUGUAAAAAGACCCUGAAAAGACCCUUUCAUACUCUUUUCGCAAGCCCAAUCACUGACAUUUCGCAGCCUGUAGACCACUCUGUAAGUUCCUCUUGUCCUCCAGGCUUCAUGCAGGCUUCCUGUCCUACUUCACAGUCUGGAAAUUGCGGAAGUUAUCGUGUUAAAAGUGCUGCCGAACCUGACAAAGCCUCUGCCAGGUCCUUCCUCAGUCUUUUUGCUGCCCCUCUAAGUGCAGCUUCUCCCCCAUGCAUGAAGUUUCAACAAGAUGAUUCAAGGUCUUCCUCCGGCUCUCAACAGCCAAUCGGGUCAGCUGAUAAAACACAUUCAUCAGACUCCAAACAAAGUGCUUCUAAUUUAAAGACGCUUCUCCCAAGUCAAGCUAGAGCUAAUAUCAAAGAAAUCCCUCAUGUCCCAAGAUCCCCCAAUUCUUCUCCUAAUUCUAAAAUGGCCGAAGACAGUUCAGCAGAGCCUAUAAAUCAACCUACACAGCAAUUGGUGAAUCCCGUCUUAAGCCUUGUGUCCAGUUCUCUCAGUGAGAAGACUACCAGUCUGUCUACAACCCAUGCUGAUCAGCAGCUGCCCAACAUCUCGUCCCGCAAAGGAGCGGCAGUAGCAGCCACUGCAAAUUCAGUUCUGAAGACUCUGUUUCAGACCCUGAGCCCGUACCAACAGGAUGGAGAGCAACCAGACCGUCUUCAGAUCAGUGUCUCUUCAGACUCAGGAUUCCCAGCCCAACAGUCCUCUGAGAAAGCAGUUGAACACCCAACAGAGCACCAACCUGCUUUUCAGAGUCAGGGAGUGGUUGAACCUGAGGUGAGGAACUCUGGCACACACAACCUGCCAUGCAAACCACUGAUGCAGCAUCACAGCCAACAGAGACAGAAGCAGUCAUCAGAGGAGGGAAAGAGCGUAAAUGGAAGCGUUGUGGCGACACCACUCAAGGACCUUUUUAAGACUUUGGAACCCGCAGGUUUCCACUUCGGACCUUAACAUUGGAUUACUUUGAAGAUUAUUACACUAAUAAUCUUAAUUAAUCUUGCUUUGUGGUCAGUCAUGAUAAUGUUCAUGUUAUAAGGAUGCACAUAUUUAAAUUGUGUUCCAUAUUUCAACAGCUUCAUUCUAAGUCUUUUUUUUUUUUAGGAUUUCUUAUUUGUUGCACUGUAAAAAAAAAAAGGAAAAAAAAGUUAUAAUUUAACAUUAAAAUAUUUCUGAAUUCUGACUUAAAUGUCAACUGCAAAGAAAGUUAAUAAUAUAAAUUUGGGUUAAACUCAAAAGUAUGGCGAACUAGUUUGAACGAGUUUGGUCAUGUGUGUGCAUGCAUGCAUGUGUCUCUGUCUGGCCGCUGUUUUUCUGUCUUUUCUGGCCAUAUUAUGCUCUAAUAUGCA